AGUGCAAGUUCUCAGGCGGUGUCCCCCAGCCCAACCCCACCUCUACAGAGCAAUAUACCUGUGUCUCCACAGCCAUCAGCUGGCAACAUGUAUCUACCAGCCGCCACUUCAGCUGCUGGAGUCAAACUCCCUCUACCACAAUUCAAGGCUGGAGCAAACACUGGAAAUUAUGGCUCAUAUCGGAAUUCCUUCUGGAUCAUUAAUGUCUCCACCUGUUGGGUAUGCUCCUACUCCGACAGUGAAUACAGCUCCGCUGGUAACGAAAAUCUCGCAGUGUCUCAGUUGAAAGAAAACCAGAUAUAUACAACUGGACAACUGAGUGAAGGUUCUGCUGUGUGGAUACAUGCACCAGGCCAAGAUAUAUCCAGUUUGCAACUUAAUUCUCUAUAUAACCUUGCCCACCAGGGACAACAUCUUACCUUCCCCCAGACACAGGCUGCUCCUGGAACAUUUCCUGGCAUCUAUCAACCAGGGCAGACAGUAGCUUCACCUUCUACCCUCUUGCAGCAGUCUCAAGCUGUUGCUGGCCCUGUUGAAAAUGUAGGCCCUCCUCCCGGAUCUUAUCAGCAGCCUCCACCCGCACAGAUCAAUUGGAAUUCUAAUUUUUAG